GAAGGUUACCGUGAGGUGAGAGCUACACAGCCGCGGAGCGUCACUGCUGGGGUGUUGUGGCCAGGAGUGUUUGGCCUAUCUGUAGCGCUAGUGUUGGGCUCAGGAAGUAGUGAAAAGCUGAGGGCGAGGUGAAGUCUCUGUGGAGCCCGUAGGCUUAGCAAUGAAGAGGAUAUUUGGGUUCGGGAGUAAGAAGGGCGUGUCGCCCUUGGGCUCCGCUUCUGUUGGGCAGAAGAAUAAUAGGAUUGACAACUUCCUGAUGGGUUACCACGUCCGAGACAGAGAUCUCGGAAAGAUCCACAAGGCUGCCUGCGUGGGCAACGUAGCGAAAGUGCAGCAGAUUCUGUUCUUGGGGAAAAAUGGCGUGGAUGAUAGAGACAAGAUGAACAGGACUGCUCUCCAUUUGGCCUGUGCCAAUGGCCAUCCAGAAGUGGUGACCCUCCUAGUAGAGAGGAAAUGCCAUCUUAACCUCUGUGAUCAUGAAAACAGGACAGCUCUCAUGAAGGCCGUACAGUGCCAGGAAGAGAAAUGUGUAAACAUACUAUUGGAAAAUGGUGCCGAUCCAAAUAUUAGGGAUGUGAGUGGCAACACUGCUCUCCACUAUGCGGCCUUUGGUGAUAAUAUAUCCAUAAUAGAGAAGCUGCUGCUAUACAAUGCGAAUACUGAAGCAAGAAAUAAGGAUAACUUCACACCACUUCUAGUUGCUGUAAAUGAAAACAAACAGCAAAUAGUGGAAUUUUUAAUAGAAAAGGCAGCAAAUAUACAUGCAGUUGAUAAAUUAAAAAGCAAUUACGAAAUAAUUUGCAGACAUAAAGAAGAAAUCAUGCUUAAAAAUUCUUUGCAAAAUAGCAAUCCAGUAGAAGAUAAGAAUUCUGAGGAAGACUCUUUAACCAGGCUUUCCGACAAACCUGGUAUUGAUGAUUCAUGGCCUACAUCAGAUAGCGAAGACUUAGAUUUUGGUACCAAGAAUGUCCCGAAACCAAGUGUAGCAAAGCUACUGCAUUCUUCUGGGCAAUUCAUGAAAAACAUGAGAGCAAAACGUGGCUCUGUGAAAGCAGAAGGUGGAACCUUAUCUGAGGACAAUAAUCCUGAUUCUGAAAAUGAAGAUGUGGGUGAAACUCUUUCCAAACCACCAACCAGAGAUUAUGGCGAUUCUCUUCCUAUUUUUCCAUCAGCUAAAUCUCUUCUAAAACCUUCUCUCAAGACGUUAGCUGUCCUUGGUCUUCCAAAGGAAGGAACAGCAAAGUCAGCAGUGGAAGCAAAGGAAGAUGGUAUUGGUAUUAUUGAAAAUGUGCCACCAGAGCAAACAGUUAAUGACAGUUUGACUUCUGGUGGAGUGCAUAAAAAUUACAGAAGUGAUAUGAUGUCAGCAUUAGGAUUAGGAGAAGAGGAAGAUGUAGAAUCACCUUCUGAUCCUGAGAGUAUGUCUGAGAGUCCAAACAAAUAUGUUCCUCAUUUAUCUGGAGCUGUGGAUCAGAAAGGGCAAAGUAUAUUAAAUGGACAAGUAGAAGAUGUGUUUUAUAUACCUUCUUGCAUGAGUGGAUCAAGAAACUUUAAGAUGGCUAAACUAGAGGAUACAAGAAAUGUAGGCAUACCAGUAACCCACAUGGAUCCUCCUGACAAAUAUCCUCACUUGAAGCCUACCGUUGAAGUGGAAGAUUCUUUUUCUGAUAAAACAGUAGGAAUGAAGGAUAUACAGACAUCCAGAUCAGAUUUUUCGGAUUGGGAGUCUACUAGUUUGAACUUCGGUAAUGAGACUUGUCAAACAUCCAAGAAUUUGAAGGUUGAUGAUAAAUGCCCAUUUGUAUCACAACCAAUGAUCAAAAAUCAGUCAGCAUCCACAGAUUCUGGACCGAUAACCUUAGUAGAUAAAGAAAAGAUUAAUAUUGGAACUGUGCUGCUGUUAGGUAAUUGUACACUCCAUGACCUGAGUGAAUCACAGUUACCAGAAAACAGAGAGAGCAAAGAAGCAGACCUAGACUUAGAAUUAACAUCAGUGGAAGAGCGAGAAAGGCUUGAUGGAAGUGAAAAUAACCACCCACAGUAUCAAGUUCCAUUAAAGGUUGAAGAAAAAAAGAAGCACAGAAGUAGUGACAUGGAAGUAUCAGAAAACAUACAUGAUGCUGCAGCUGCUGGAUUAAUUCAACAAAGAAAGAAUGGAAAAACUGAUAACCAUCAAUUUCCUGUUACAGAAAAUAAAGAUUCUGAUAGUAGUGAACCUGGUUUACAUAUGAAGAAGUUAAAGAAAGGUGAAGAUGAAGAAGGGACAUCAGAAGAAUCUGUGAUCACACCAGUGUUGAAGAAGGCCGAUUCCCUAACUGGUGGUCUACUACAAAUGAAUGAGGGCAGCAGUUUAAGUGAAAAGGAUCAGCAUGAAAGCAGACCUGCAAAGAAAAUUUCUAAGAAAAAGAACAAGGUCAAAAAGCAAGUUACGUCUAUGGAUGACCUUGUCGACUUAAUUCAGUCAUCUGAAACAGCUUCAGAGGAUUGUGAGUUGCCUUACUCUAAGAAUUUCAUGUUGCUAAUUGAAAAACUUGGCAUGGAUUGUAAAGAUUCUGCUGGCUUCUUAAAAAUCCAAAAUAUAGUUCUUUCCUAUGAAAGAUUAAUGAAACUUAACAAAAGUCACUGUAAACUACUUACAGGAAAAAUUAAAAAAAUGGAAAAAACAGUUAGUGCACUACAAAACGAGCUACGAGAAGCAAAAGACAUGAAAUCACGGUUAGAGCAUCAAAAAGUGGAAUGGGAACAUGAAGUAUGCAGUUUGAGAUUUACUUUAAAACAAGAAGAAGAAAAAAGAAGAAAUGCUGAUAUGUUAUAUGAAAAAAUUAGGGAGAGGUUAAGAAGAAAAGAAGACCAAUAUAAUAAAGAAGUUGAAACAAAACAACAAUUUGAACUCGCUCUUAGAACACUGAACAUGGAAUUGAAGGCCGCAAAAAAUCAUUUGAAUCAGCUUUCUGAUAGUCAUGAGAAACAACAAGAUCUGUUGCAUAAAAACCACAUGUUGCAGGAUGAAAUUGCCAUGCUAAGACUGGAAAUAGACACCAUAAAAAAUCAGAACCAGGGAAAGGAAACGAAAUAUUGUGAAGACAUUGAAAUUGUAAAAGAAGAGAAUGACAAUCUUCAAAAGACCAUAAAACAGAAUGAGGAAACAUUAUCGAAAACAAUAUUCCAAUAUAGUGGACAGCUUAAUGUUCUGACUGCUGAGAUUACGUUGCUAAACUCUAAACUGGAAAAUGAAAAACAAAAUAAAGAGAGCCUGGAAGCAGAAGUUGAAUCAUACCGUGCUAGACUGGCUACUGCUGUACACGAUCAUGAUCAGAGUCAGACAUCAAGAAGAGACCUAGAACUUGCUUUCCAGAGAGCAAGAGAUGAAUGGUUUCAUUUACAGGACAAAAUGAAUUUUGAUGUGUCUAAUCUACAAGAUAACAAUGAAGUUCUUUCUCAGCAACUUUCUCAAGUUGAAAGUAAACUCAAUGCCCUGGAAAUUGAGCUCCAUCACACAAAAGAUGCUCUCAGAGAAAAGACUUUAGUUUUAGAAUGUGUACAAAGGGACCUAAGCCAAACACAAUGCCAGAAGACGGAAAUUGAACACAUGUAUCAGAACGAACAAAGUAAAGUGAAUAAAUACAUUGCAAAGCAGGAAUCCUUAGAGGAAAGGUUAUCUCAACUACAAAGUGAAAAUAUGUUGCUUAGACAGCAACUAGAUGAUGCUCACAACAAAGCGGACAGUAAAGAAAAGCUAGUAAUUAAUAUCCAAGACCAGUUUCAGAAUAUCCAAAAAAAACUUGAAGCUAAAAGUGAAGAACAAGGUCUUAUGCUGGGAGAAAGAAAUAAAGAGUUAAUCAAUGAAUGUAAACAUUUAAAAGAAAGAAUGUAUCAUUAUGAAAAUGAGAAAGGAAAAUUAGAAGUAGUUAUGAGACAACUUCAACAAGAACUGGCUGAUACUCUGAAGAAACAGUCUAUGUCAGAGGCUUCCCUGGAGGUUACAUCACGUUAUCGUCUUAGUUUAGAAGAUGAGACACGGGAUCUAAAGAAGAAAUUAGGUCAAGUCAGAAGUCAGUUGCAAGCAGCACAGGAUCGACAUGCAGAGGCCGUAAGAUAUGCUGAGAAGACGAAAGAUCAUAUGCAAAAGCUAGAGGUUAAAAAUACCAGACAGGAAGAAACCAUCAAACAACAAGCGGCCCAAAUUCAAGAUCUUCAGAGCAACUUGUUAAAGACAAGUUUGUUGCAAGAAGCACAGGAUCGACAUGCAGAGGCCGUAAGAUAUGCUGAGAAGACGCUAGAGGUUAAAAAUACCAGGCAAGAAGAAACCAUCAAACAGCAAGCGGCCCAAAUUCAAGAUCUUCAGAGCAACUUGUUAAGGACAAGUUUGGCUGAUGACCUUACAACAAAACUGGAAACUACAUCUUCAAAAUGUCUACACCUGGAUGCAAAAAAUCAAGUUCUUCAACAGGAGUUAUUGUCAAUGAAAGCUUUAGGAAAAAAAUGUGAAAAACUAGAGAGCAAUAGCAAGAAGUUACAACAAGAAGUCGUAAAAUUGAAAAGUUUUAUGGAAAUGAAUAUGGUAGAACGCAGUCAAGUGGAACAGUAUAAACGGGAGAUUGAAGAAAGAGCACGACUGGAGAUAGUAGAAAAAUUAAAGGAAGUCAAUCUGUUUUUACAGGCACAAGCAGCAGCUCAAGAAAACUUAGACCAGUUAAGAGAAAAUGCUCAUGCUUCAAUGAGAAGUCAAAUGGAACUUAGAAUUAAAGAUCUGGAAUCUCAGGUCUCUACAAUGAAAACUUCUCAAGAAGAUUCUACUAAAACUGAGUUGGAAACAUACAGGCAACUCUACCUAGAAGAAUUAAAAGCUAGAAAGUCCUUGAGAAAUAAGCUGAACAGGACUAAUGAGAGACUAUCAGAGAUCAAUACAAAACUUCUGGUAGAGAGACAGCAGCACCAAACUUUACUCGGCACUCUUACUCUGAGGUCAGGCCUGGAACCACCUUAUUGUGGACAUUUUGAAAAUAAUUUAGUGCUUAAUAGAAAUCUUACUCCAAGAGGAAACUUAGUGAUUCCUACCUCAAACCCACGGCCGUCAUAUGACUACAGGGAGACUUCCUUGUGGAAGAUGCAGUGGGAGUUGGAAAAAAGUAUAACCAGAGCACUGGAAGAAGCUGCUACUGAAUUUGAAUCAGGAUCCUGUAGAACUCCUUUAGUAUCUACUGAUGAUUCAAUUCUAAAUCAAGACCUGGUAUGGAAAGCGUCACAAGAAUAUGUACAGAUUUUGAACAAAAAUUAUAUGAUUUGAAAAAUAGAAAAAAUUUACUGGAUGUUUACAAAACAUUUUCAGUGUUUCCCAAUUGAACACACUAUAUGGCAAAAUCUUGAUUAAAGGAAAAUGUUUUUGUAUCAUAUGUGUGUGAUGAAAAUCUGUAUAGUAUUUUAAACUAUGCUUCUUGGCAUCUCAUUAACUUUUAAGCACAUUUUGUACGUGGAAACCAGCACUAGAGGGUUUUACCUACUUCAGACCGCUCCACUACCAGCUGUUUGAACAGCACCCAAACAACCAAGUUGCCAUUAAUACUUCAGUAGUGUUAAUGGAUGGCUUUUGUAUUUUCCAAUUUGUUACUAUAUGUGGACCUAAAGAUUUAGACAUUAUUUUGAUGUAUUCCUGCUAUGGCUAUUGCCGAUGUUUGUAUGUAUUACAAUUUUUUAUAAUGCCAUAAAACCUAUGUAUAAUUGUAAACACUGAUUCAUAGCUCUUUCCACAUGGAGAAAUAAAAUUUGUCUAAGGCUUUUCA